AUGGCACAGACUGACUACAAGUUUGAGGGCUGGAUGGGCCUCGACUCCAGCGCCGCCGAGGGCAACAUGGUCUGGCAGGAAUUUGAGCCCAAGGCGUGGGAGGAGACCGACAUUGACAUCAAGAUCUCGCACUGUGGCAUCUGUGGUUCGGACCUGCACACCCUCCGCAGUGGAUGGCGUCCGACUACCUACCCCUGCUGCGUCGGCCACGAGCUUGUGGGAACCGCCGUGCGCGUGGGUUCCAAGGUCACCAACAUCAAGCUUGGAGACCGUGUUGGUGUUGGUGCGCAGAGCGACUCCUGCCAGGGCCGCUUUGGUGACUGUGAAGAGUGCGCGAUGGGCUUGGAGCAGUACUGCUGCAAGCGGGUUAUCGGCACGUACAAUGCCACUCACUGGAACGGCGACAAGUCGUACGGUGGCUAUGCCACUUACAACCGUGUCCCUGGCCACUUUGCUGUCAAGAUCCCCGAUGCUAUUUCCUCGGCCGCGGCUGCGCCCAUGUUGUGCGGUGGUGUGACUCUGUACAGCCCGCUGAAGCACAACAACUGUGGUCCUGGCAAGCGAGUUGGUAUCAUUGGCGUUGGCGGUCUUGGACACUUCGGUGUGCUCUUUGCGAAGGCCAUGGGCGCCGACAAGGUGGUUGCUAUUUCGCGCAAGUCUGGCAAGGCCGAGGAUUGUCUGAAGAUGGGCGCGGAUCUUUACAUUGCGACAGAUGACGAGCCUGACUGGGCGACUAAGCACGCUCGGUCUUUGGAUCUGAUUGUCUGCACUGUUUCGUCUACUAAGAUGCCGUUCACCGACUACCUAGGACUUAUCCGCACCGGUGGCACUUUUGUUCAGGUCGGUCUUCCCGAGGACGGUGGUCUCUUUGCGCCCGUCCGAAAUCUUAUGCGCCGUAUCAAGCUCGAGAGCUCGCUGGUUGGCAGCCCGGACGAGAUUCGUCAGAUGUUCGACUUGGUGGCUCAGAAGAACGUGAAGCCGUGGAUUGAGGAGAUCCCCAUGAAGGACGCCAACAAGGCGAUUGUGGACAUGGAGGAGGGCAAUGCGCGCUACCGCUACGUGCUGGUGAAUGAGUAA